AUGUGGCGUUUCAGCACCCGUCCUGUGACAAGAACGGGCACUCGAGGCUUUGGUUUCUGUACCAGUACGUGCUUGAGCUUGCCCUUGCCGAGUUUUUCUUGCAGAGCGAGCUCGCAGAAUCUCAUCUUUCCUUAUGAUGAUAUGGAUAAGCUGAUUAGAAAAGACCGCGAGCCACCGGCUAAUAUAUCGCGUACUUUUGAGGUAUGUGGGAUGGACCCAGAUUCCGAGAAUGGCCAACAUCGAGCUAGGAGACAGCUUGAGGAUCAAGCUUAUGUCUCAGGCAAAAAGCUAGGCUGGCAAGAUAUUGCUACUUACAAGCUUCAGUAUGAGUAGUAGGCCUAAGGUAAAGGAUCAGUCACGGUUUUGUUGAAUACCGGAGACGUUUCGGUUAUUUGUACGGGAGAUGGCACCCAAUUGCCGUCCUGGUGCUUCAUAGGGUCUUAGGAGAGAACCGUAGAUGAACCGUGGUGUGUGAAAUUUCUCCGAGUAACUUGUCAGAUACAAGAGAUUCUUCCUGGUUAUCAGAAUCAGAUGGGACCUUAGGAGACUCUUUAAUGAUCAAAGAAUUGUGUUGAAAUCUUUUCCAUUCAGCGUGGAGACUCAUGUGCUGCAACAUCAACCCUGCAACCUUAACAAGAGCACAACUGUUAUCAGUCCUUAUUUCUCCACCGUUGCCAUAUCUAAGAAGAGCAUUUCCUGUGUUUACACCAAGUUCACAAUCUGUACUCUCCUUCUUGUCUCUUUGUAGUUGAACAUCUAUGCCGCUAAGUUCAGCUUCUGGUUUUGUUGUAACAGAACUUGUGACAGAUUUUUGUUGUUAUAUGAAUACGUAGAUUGUUCAAAUCGUUAAAAAAAAAUUAUGGCCCAGAUCUAUUGUAGCUCUAUCUAAUAAGUAAGAACAACAGCUUCCCUGUUUCUUUGGAAAAA